AACAGCAGUGAAGUAUCUAAUAGUAGAAAUAAUCAGACAGCUAAUGUAACUGGCAUUUCAGUUGUCUCUGACAACAAGAAAUCAAAUGGCACAGCUGGAGCUCUGAUUGUUCAGCCAGAAAGAGAGACAAAACUAGCUGAAGUGCGCAGCUCAAUUGCACAGCAGAAAUUAACAACACAGGCAGAAGAUGAUGAUGAAGAUGAGGCUACAAAUAAAAAUCCGGAU